ACCGGCAUCGGGGUUUAGAACGAAUCGGAACGUCCGACGCCCAACAACUUCCACCGCGCUCUCCGAAAACGGUUGAAAACAAGAAAAAUCAAGACAGAUACACGGAGAAAAACAGCCUAUAAUUGUGUGACCAGAGAGGCAGAGCUGCGGCGAAGAACCGGCGGAACAACAAACUGAACAGCGACACCGCAAAAAAAACACGGCGGAGAAACAAUAAAAGUCGGCCAGCGGCCAAAAACGCGCUCAUUGCGUGCGCUGUUUUCGCAACGGCAACGGAAAAUUAGCCACCCGGUUGAGGUGCGAGCGAGACAGCGAAAGUACGGCAGCGGAAUACGGAUUUGCAGAGUAACGGGAAAAGUACGGAAAGUGCGGAAGACCCAGAGGACAGGCGUACGAAAUACGGAACACGGAGUGUACGGAUACGAAGUACGGAUACGAAGCCAGGAUGCGACACGCAUUUGUUGGAUUAAUUGUGUGCUGGCUGGCAGUUUGUCAACCGCAAGCUGAGGCGCAGUUCGGGGGCUUUGGACCACAGCCGCAGUUCCUGCCGCAGUUCCAGCCGCAGUACCAACAGGUAUACCGCCAACCGCAGUUCCAACAGGUGUACCGUCAACCGCAGGCUUACCAACAACAACCUCUGGUCUAUUACCAACAGCCCCAGCAGUUCCAGCAGCCCCGCCAGCGUCAGGGAUCCGUCUCCAAGGCGAACACGAACGCCUACGAGCGGCAGGUGGACUUCGGGAACAAUCUGGAGUAUACCCAGGGUCUGUCCAACUCGAGGGCGGUGACCAAGCAGAAUGGCCAGCGGUUGGUGACCAACAGCCAGGCGCAGACAAGGGACGUGGACCUGGGUGGCCUGCAGUUGGGCAAUACCCUAACGAGGACCAGGACGAAUGCCAAUGGCCAGGUGUCACAGGGCAUUGCCGAUCAGUUCCGGAUUGGAAACGUAGGUCUGGGCGCCUCCCUGUCGCCGCAGAAUCUCCAGAAUGGCUUUGGACUGCAGCGCGGUGCCGACGGUGACCUCCGCCUGGGUCUGGGCCUCCUCAAUCUCGACCUGGACCGGAAUGUGCCCAACCCAACGAACACCCUGUCGCAGGCCCAGGUGAAUGCCCAGGGCAAGGGCGCCAAGGCGGGAUCGAGCAGUAACACGCAGUCGAAUACCCAGAAGUAUGGCGGUGUCACCGUCACCGACACGCGCUCCAAUUCCAAUGCCUUUGGCAAGACCAGACGGGGUCAGACCUCGGCCUCCACUGGCGGAUUCGGAGGCAAUGCGGCCACCAAUGGCCAGGUAUUCGGCGGUCCCUUCCAGCGGGUGGUGCGCCAGAACAGGCCAAGGCCCAAGCGGAGGGCCCAGUUCGUGCCCUUCGGUUAUCCCGGUGGCGGUUUCGCCCCACGACCAGGACCCUUUGGUGUGGGUCUUCUGGACAGGCCGAGGAGGCAGUUCGGCGGGUUUGGCGGUUUCGGAGGUGGUCCCGGCUUCGGAGGUCCGGAAUUCGGCGGAGGAGGCGGUUUCGGAGGAGGACCUGGCUUUGGCCAGGCUCCCGAGUACGGUGGCUUCUACCAGCAGCCACAACAGCAGCAGCACCAGAAGAAGAAGAACAACAAGAACCAGGCGCAUGGCAAUGCAAAUGCCCAGGGAGGACCCGGGUUCAACCAGCAGGCCUCCACCCAGAACCACGCCAGCAACGGCAACACGGGCAGCAGCUCCAUCGGCUCCAACUUGGCUCAGGAUGGCAGCAGUGGCCAGGUGACCUCCGCGAACACCAACACCCACCAGGGUCAGACGGCCAACGGGGGCUACGAGAGUGACCAGAACUCGCAGAGUCAGGCGCUGAACUUCAGGCCGGGCGAGCAGCAGGCCUCCAGUGCGAAUGCCAACACCCAGCACACCCAGCAGGGCAACCAGGACACCUAUUCCUCGAACAGUGGCUCCACCGCGACGAACAACAAUAAGUACGGCUCCUCCACCAACACGGCCAACACGAACUCAAAGGUGGUGAAGGAUGGCAACAGCCAGGACGCGACCAGUGAUGCCAAUAGCCAGAGCAUCUACCAGGGCAACAAUGGUCAGGGAGACGCCUCCGCCUCGACGAAUGCCCAGACGAGCAGCCAGCAGGGUCCCAAUGGAUACGUGUCCAACUCGGCCUCCAGCAGCGCCACCGCCACCGCCCAGAAUGGCCAGUCGGCCAAUGCGAAUGCCAAUGCGAAUGCCGGUGGUGCCGGAGGAGCGGGAGCAGGAGCGGGAGCCUUUGGGGGCGGCGGUGGUGCCAACUCUGGUGCCAAUGCCGGUGGAUUCGGCGGUGGUGCAGGAGCAAAUGCGGGCGCCAAUGGCGGUGGAUUCGGGGGUGGCGGUGGUGCCAAUUCGGGUGCCAAUGCCGGUGGCUUCGGCGGCGGUGGUGCCAACAGCAACGCUUUCGGCGGCUUUGGCGGCUUCGGAUUCUACGGACUUCGCCAACGUGCCCAGCAACAGAUUCGCUUGCAGCGCUGGCAGCCACGCCCCCAAAAUGGCACCUCAUCCAGGAGCUCCUCCUCAUCGUCCUCCUCCUCGAUAAACGAUAACUUUGAGUACGUGUACUUUAACCACUCGUCAUCCCGUCUCGAAGAUAUGCGGCCUGAGAACUCCGAGAUGGAUAAUUCAGAACAGGAUUUUGGUGGGGCAAGGCUACCGCUUAACACCUCAGUGGAUACCUUUGGACCCUACGAUAGUACCCAGCGUCAGGGGCGGACCUUCAACUUGAUCUUCGACUGGAUCAGUGGACUCUUCAACUCGUGCGUCUCACCCUGCACCUUGGAGGCCUAUCAGAAGCAGACCUGCUGCGAAACCUAUGUGGUGGAUCCCUCUUAUCCACCACCACCACCUCCUCCUCCUCCACCGCCUCCUCCACAGACUUGCUGUGCCCCUGUGAGACCCAUAUACCCCCCGCCACCCAGGCCACUGCCCCCUCCUCCACCACUGCCCCCUCCACCACCACCGCCCAUGCCCUACCCCUACCCACCCAUUUAUCCCAAUAAGCAGACGCCCGUGGUGGUGGUGGCCACGCCCAUCAACUGCUGCACCGUGUGCACAUUCACCUACUACGGACCUCCGCCCUGUGGGCGGCUCUACAACAACAGCAGCAGGAGCGAUGGAAGGAGGGUCAUCUAUGUGCCACCUCCCUACUACGGCCGCUAAAAACAUAAACUUACC